AUGACCCUCCAGGAAGAUGGCAAACUACCACCGGUGGCGCCCGUGGUGAUGACGAGGGCUGACGACGGUGCGCGGAGGAGGAGGAAACUACCCGCCUUUUUGGAUCAUUUCAGCGCCCGAGAUCUCAAGGUCUUAUUCCGUUGUUGGGUAGCGGCUUGGGUAGCGUCCAUCUUCAUGUUUAUUACACCCAUCCUCACUAACAUCGGGCCCGCCACGUUCUUUGCGAGUCUCGUUCUGUUAAUCCUCCCCCCGGCCGGGAUAGUCUUCAUCCAUGUCCUUGGAUAUCUCUCGCUUUUCAUUGGAAUUUGUCUGGCCUGGGGAUGGGGCUCCAUUGUGAUGAAGGCAGCCCUAGCAGCCAGACCGGACGCGGAGACCCAAACACAGCUAGCUUCCCUCCAACAAGCAGCUGCCCAGCAAGCCUCUGACACGGGGACGUCGCCCAACUAUGCUGCGCAACAACUGAUCUAUGAGGGAUUUAUGCUCGAUACACGAGUGUCGGCCCGACUUCGUGCUAGCAAUCCCAAGUUGGCUCUUACGCAGCUGUUUGCCACUAUUGUCAUCGACCUAUACCUUCUCUUCACCCCCGUAUUGCCGUCUUUUAGCGGAACUUUGCCACUGCCUAUUGUGAAACCCGCCGCGAUCGGUGUUGGACUCGGCGUGGUUUGCUCAAUACUCUUCUUCCCAAGGUCAACCUCGCAUGUGGUCCUUGACAGCGUGGAGGACCUACUCGACCUUGUUAAGGUGCCCUUGCACUUUACUUCGUCAACCUUAGGAGGCAAGAAGGAUGACAAUAGUGAGAGUUUGCGGCAUUUGUCCAAAACGAAAUCCAAACUUAUCGAGGAGUACCGCAAAAUGGAGCCGGCCGUUGUCUUCCUUCCGCUUGACUUUGCUAUUGGUUGCUGGGGACCCAACGAUGUCAAGCAAGUGACCGAGGGUGUAAAACAGGUACUGGCAUCCAUCUUAUCUCUUUUGGAUUUCCAUGCCAGUCGGAUAUCAGGGGAGGCCUUCAUCGUACGAGCAAUGCAAAAGUAUACCGACAAGGUCAACGACUCGGACUCGAGCAUCGACGAGAAAAAGCACGAAAUCGGCAGCCAGCAACUGUUUCAGCUUGGGGAAAUGAUGAAGGGCCUCCAGUGUCCAGAUGACCAACCUAUUCGUGAGGAGACUUUACGACAGCUGACCACUACCAGCGCAAGCGCGAUCGCUGCGUGCCUAGAGGGACUUGGCGCUGCGAAGGACUGCAUCCGCAUGGUAAACCGCCGACGCUGGUACUGGAGACCGUCCGCGGCUGAGCGUGAGAAACUCUCCCGACGGUGCCGAGAGACCCUGUCACUGCUGCGUAAGACCCGACCUUCCUUCGUGCAUGAUACGACCGAGGCGCUCCUUGACGGUUAUCUCCCGCGUUUCAGCCCCGAGGAGGAUCCCGACGUUUCCCACGCCACUGUAGCCAGUCGGCUCCGAGGACUGGUUGUUGGAAUGGUCUUCGAAGAGCACAUGGCUAGUACCCUGGAUAAGACAGAGGCCCUCCUUGAACUCGUCGCGACGACUUUUGACAAGUACCCCAAGGCGCGCCUGUGGGGACCGACCGGCUUGAAGAAAGCAGGAUCUUGGGCAUUUGGGAAGAACUCGAGAGUCCCAGAUAUGGCUCCAGGCUGUGAGGAUGAUCCAGAAGACGUGCUGGAGGACCGGACCAAAGCAGCCAAGGAAAGACUGCGAAUCAGCCGCGGGCACUACACCCCACGACAGAGUAAACUAGGGCGGGCUAUAAUCGGGACAUUCCGUUGGCUCACCUGCAACGACGGACUCUACGCCCUUCGGAUGGUUGUCGUCACAAUAGCAGUUUCCAUCCCUGGCUUACUCCCUCAGACUGUUGGUUUUUACUAUCGCGAAAAAGGCAUUUGGGCGUUAAUUAUGGCACAAACCGGAUUGGUUCUGUAUAUGGCCGACUUCACAUUUUCCGUCAUUUCCCGUGUUAUCGGAACCGUCGUGGGGGGGGCCUUGGGUCUGGCCGCCUGGUAUGUCGGUUCCGGAACAGGGCCUGGAAAUCCCUACGGGCUCUCAGCCGUGAUGGCGGUUAUGCUUGUGCUAUUACUUUGGGUCCGUCUGUAUCUGCCGCCGCAUCUUCUCCAAGGAGGCAUCAUGGGUGGUGCAACUUUCGUGCUGGUCGUGGGUUACAGUUACGAUGACCACCACAUCCCCCAGUAUGGUAGUAUUGGAGUAGGGUAUAACGUGUUCUGGAGACGUCUGCUGCUCGUUCUUGUCGGUAUAGCCGCGGCAACCGUCGUUGAACUGUUUCCCCGCCCUCCGUCAGCGGCGAGACACAUUUCCAAGUCUCUCUCACACUCGCUUCGGACGUUAUCCGACCACUAUGCGUUGCUACUUUCCUGUUGGAGCCAACCUUCUGAAGACGGGGGACUCUUAGCGGAAACCAUCUCACUGAAAAUGAACGAGUCGUUGCUGAUGCUGGAGGACUUGAUCGACCUCCUUCGAUUCGAAUUUUCAAGUUCUAAGUUCGACAGCGAGAGUCUCGAUUUGGUCAAGAACCUCUGCCAGGGCAUGAAUCGCAAUCUCGGCCGAUUGCUCUCACUCUCAGGGACACUACCACUCGAAUACCAAGACCGACUUGCACGGCUGAUAGGAAUCCUUGACCAUCGAACGAUUGGUGAAAUCAUGGCGGUACUCGGUAUAUGCGAACAGGCGCUAAAAACGGGCGACCCAUUGCCAGAAAUUCUGCCUGCGCCGCUCGUCAAACGAUCAUUCGAGUUCUGGCAGCAGCACCAUCCCGUUAUCGACCUCGCACACGACCCGGACCUCAUUCGUAACGAGGAUUAUCGCCGUUUCUGCUUGGCUCUGAGCGCUUACUUGAAAUUCCUCGGUAUCAUUGAUGAGCUGGUUCUAGUCUUGAAGGGUGUUCUUGGCGAGACACAUCUCGUCGCUCCCACGACCCUGAAUGUCGUCUGA